AUGACUAUAUUGCCUAGUAAACCUAAGAAAAUAACUGGUAUUGAAUGGCUUGGCUUGCAACAAAGCGGGAAUACAUCAGGUAGAGGUGUUUCUGUGAUUUCUACGGAAACUGGCCAGCAAUCAAUUCAAAGUCUUUGUGAUGAAAAUUCAAGUGCGCCUGUUGUGAAUUCCGACGAUGAGAAUGGUUCGGGUUUCACCGAUGAAAAUUUAGAAAUUUGGUUUCAAAAUCAUUUGCUUCGUUCUCGAGGUCUUGUAAUCAAGCAUGUUCAGGGGGAUGGAGCAUGUUUAUUUCGAGCUUAUUUUUUAGCCGAUCAGAUUUAUGGUGAUGAAGAAAUGCAUGCUGAUGUUAGGCGGCUUUGUAUGGACUACAUGGAGAAAAAUAGUGAUCAUUUUUCGCAGUUUGUGACAGAAGAUUACCGUGACUAUAUUACGCGAAAGCGACGACAAGACGCUCAUGGUAACCAUAUUGAGUUACAAGCAAUAUCAGAAAUAUUUUCUCGCCCAAUCGAAAUAUACGAAUAUUGCACUGAACCACGAAAUAUCUCUAGUUCUCGUUUCGAUUCUUCUCAGUCACCAGAAGCAAAUCCACCAAUUCGUCUUUCCUAUCAUGGUGCUAUUCAUUACAACUCAGUCAUUGACCCAACUAAAGCGACAAUCGGAGUCGGUUUAGGAUUGCCUGAGUAUUCACCUGGAGCAGCUGAUAAAAGUUUAUUGCAAGAAGCAAUGCAAAAAUCUGAAGUCCAAAUGAUUGAAGAUGCCAUGCUGAAUGAUAAGAUUAAAAUGACUGAUUUUGAACGUACAGAACAUGAAAUUAACGAACAGAUAGCUCGGCAGUCAUAUUUGGAUUAUAUAAAAAGUAUAAGUAAAACGAAAAGUAAUGAUUUCUGUGAAAAUCUAUGUUUUGUUUCUGAACCAGGUUGUUCGCGUGCAAGUGUUCGACCUCAGGAAAGCUUUCAGGAUACUAUAGGUGCGGAGUGGUUUCAUGCAGCAGCGUCUGAUGCAGAAGAAAGUGCAUUAUUAGCACAAGUUAUGGCACUUUCGCAGCAGGAAUUUUUGAAUUCGUUAAAAAAGAAAUCGCUGGAUGGAAAUAAUGAUGACGAUCAGGCUGGUUCAAGCAAAUCCUGUUAA